AUGGAAGAGCCGCCGGAGGGGCACGGCCACCGAGACGCAGCGCCCGGCCCGGCGAGCAGCGGCAGCGGCAGCGAUGGCGAGAGCGUGCCCGUGUCCCCCAGCCCCGCGCCCGCCUCCCCUGCCGCGCCCUGCCCCCUGCCCCUGCCCCGCCGCCGCCACCCGCCGCCACCGCCGCCGCCCCCGCCGCCGCCGCCCCACCGCACCACCAACUUUUUCAUCGACAACAUCCUGAGGCCGGACUUCGGCUGCAAGAAGGAGCCGCCCGCGCCGGCCGGCGGCGGAGGAGGAGGCAGCCGGGAGCGGGACGGAGAUCGGGGGCAGAGCUCAGGUAGAGAAAACGUCAACCCGCUGCUGGCCCGGCCGCCCAAUCCGCCCGCCCUCCUGUGCCCGGACUCGAACUGCCGUCCCGACGGCUCCGCGCCGCCGCCGCCGCCCGCCGCCGCCGCCAAAGCCGGUCCCGCCGCGGCAGCAGCGGCGGCGGCGGCGUCGGGGGCGGCCAAGGCCCCCGCCGAUGGGGGCGAGACUCACCCGGCGAAGUACGGGGAGCACGGCAGCCCCGCCAUCCUCCUCAUGGGCUCUAAUAAUGGAGGACCUGUUAUAAAGCCCGACUCGCAACAGCCGCUGGUGUGGCCUGCCUGGGUCUACUGCACUAGGUAUUCAGACAGACCGUCCUCGGGCCCCCGCACCAGGAAGCUGAAGAAGAAGAAGACGGAGAAGGAGGACAAGCGGCCGCGGACGGCGUUCACGGCCGAGCAGCUGCAGCGGCUGAAGGCGGAGUUCCAGGCGAACCGGUACAUCACGGAGCAGCGGCGGCAGAGCCUGGCCCAGGAGCUCAGCCUCAACGAGUCCCAGAUCAAGAUCUGGUUCCAGAACAAACGGGCCAAAAUCAAGAAGGCGACGGGCAUUAAGAACGGGCUGGCGCUGCACCUCAUGGCCCAGGGACUCUACAACCACUCCACCACCACGGUGCAGGACAAAGAGGAGAGCGAGUGAGGCGGGCGGCCCCAGCCCAGCCCUGCGC